AUGUCAUAAUUAAGUGCUUAUAAUCUGUAAAUAUAUUUAUUAUAAUAAGUCUUGAAGGUUUUACAAAAUAGAAUGAAGUUGAAUUACUAUCAUCCAGUGUAAAUUUUUUGAGGGAUGUAAAUAUUUUUGAAAUAGAUCUUGAAUAAUCAAAAAUUAAUGAAAAUGAUGUUCUUAAUAAUAAAUUUUUAUCCAAGCAUUUACACACUUGUAAUUCCUUCAUUUAGAUGAUGUAAAAAUAACAUGUAUAAACUGAGAUUGGUAUUAUUUAUAAUUAUUUAGCUACUAUGGGAGUUCCUUUUGCUCCAGAAUUAAACGAAAUUGAUUUUAAAAAUUAAGAUUAGGUAUAUAAAAAUAUAACAAAAAAUCUCAAAGAUUCCUUCACAAUCUUUGAAAUACAACAUAAUUCACAGACCAUAUGCAUUAGUUUUUGUUAUGAAUUAGAUUCUUUUUGUAUUUCUUAUGGAAUAUAAACAAUUGUUUGUUAUGAUGAAAAUGAUAUUGUUUAAUAUAAAGAACCGAAGCAUGAUAAAUUACGAAAAAUAGCUUCUUAAUUCUUUAGUUUGUUUAAUAAAAUGCCUUAUUAAUACUAGCUUAAUUUUAUUGAAGAUUUAACAAAUAGAAGUUUGAUAGGUUGUUACAACAAUAAAAAAUAGAUUGAAUGGUUUGCAUUAGUAGAACAUUAUGCAGAAUAAAGAAUGGUUAAUCCCAAUACAGUUACCAAUUUUUUACAUCAUUAUAAAUUAGAAUCUGCUUAAAUUUAUCAAACUUAGUGCACAUAAAUUUAAUUAUAAAAACAUAUCUCUUAAAUUUACAAUUAAUUGAUUGAUUAAUUUCAUGAUUAUUAUAAAGGUAAAACUAUGUAUUUUUGGAAAGGAGACACCUUUCUUGGAUGUUGUUUUAUUCCAUUCAGAUAAUAUACUAUUCUAAAUGAAUUAAGAUUAAUUCUUAGCAAUAAAGAAAAGAAUCUUAAUAUAAAGGAACCUAAUUAAUAUCUCUCUAAAUAUAAUUUAAAUAAUUAAGAUUUAGAAUUCUAUAAAAAAUACACAGAAAUGAUGUUAGAAAAUUCAGUAAACAUUAAAUAUAUUAAUUUUGAAUUUUCUAAAUUAUCUAUUUAAGCAUUCAAUAGCAUUAGAAAAGGUUUAGAUUAUUUAUUAAAAAAACAAGAUUAGUUGUUUCCACUUUCUUAGUGCAUGUAAUCUGCAAUCAUAGUUGUUAUUCCAAUAGGAAUUUCAGGUAUGGGAUAUGAAUAAUUAUGUUCCUUAAUUAAAAAAACUAGUUAAAGAGUAUAAAUAAUUAAAAUACCAGAUUAAAUUAAUGAGAAAAAUUAACUUUAUUUUAUUGAGAAAGUAUGCAAUCCAAAAGAAUUAGAAUAAUUGAAUAAAUAGAUAAAAUAAUUGCCAUUUAAUAUUAAAACAAUUUCUCUUUUGCCUGAAUGCAAUUCCUCCUAUGAAAUUAAAGAGUUGUAAUGUAGUUUUCCAUUUUCAUUCAAUUUUAUCAUGUAUUGUUUACUUUCUGUUUUUGAUAAUAAGAAUCAAGUAAAAGAGAUUAUAAAUUAACUUAAAGAAUUUUAAAAUUAGAAAUUAAAUAAUUUUCAAACAGAUUAUAAAAUUUAUUGUCGUUACAUUUCUGAAGAUAAAGAAAAAGAUGAUUUAUAUUGUGAAAUAGUCGAAUAAGAUUUUUAGGUAGCACUUAAAUCAUAAUAUGAUUAAUUAAUUGAUAGCCUUACUUAAUAUAGAGAAACUCUUAAAAACAUUUAAGAUAACCAUCUAAAAAAGGAAUCAAAGAGACUCAUUACAUCUAUUGAAAAUAAAUCAUAAAUAAUUUUAAGAAAAAGUGUUUAAUUUUAGAUUGAAAAGGAUUAGAAAUUAAAAUAUGGUUUAUUCAUUGAAAAACCUGAUUGGGAUGAAAUUGAUAAAUUUGUAAAAUCUUGUUUAGAAAUUAUAGUUUAAGAAUAUCCAAAUGAUUCAGGAAUUAAAAGGAUGUAUGAUUAGUAUUAAAUUUAAUUCAAAACUUAAAAUGCCAUAUUUAUGAGAAUAAGUCAGCCUUAUUUAUAAGCUAAAUAAUUAUAAGAGAAACCAAUAGAUGCCAAAGUUUCAAUUAUAGUAAUCAUAGUAGAUGGAAUUAUUAUGUUGUAACCAUAAGAAUUAGGAUUAGAUUUAGUAUAAGAUAUUCCAAUAUAUUCUCAUAAUAUUGAUAGUCUAAAAAGUAAUAAACUUUCAGAGUAAUUAAGAAUAGAUGUUAGAAAAAUGUAGAAAUAAAAUAUUGCAGAUAAAACAAUUAAAAAAAAAUAAGUCAAUUUCAAUAGUAAAAAUUGGGAUGCUUUUAUUGUCAAAUUUACACCAAUUAAUAUAAGAUUAAUAGGAAAACAAAUAAAUUGA